AAAAAGAUAGCCCAUUUUUUGUCAAACAAGCUACCAUUUUUCUUUUCUUGUACUUCAAAGCUAAUUUCUCUUAUAAAACUCAUUACUACAUUAAAUUUUGAACUCAAGUUCAAACCCACCCUCCAUAAGGUGUUCCAAAAGCACAUUUCCCAUACAGCUAGGGCCAUGGCAACCAUUCCAAAGCUUGGAGCUAUACUAUUGUUUGUAUUUUUGCUUCUUGGAGUCUCAAAGGCUACAAUCUCAUGCAGUGAUGUGACGAAGGAUUUGAUGCCAUGUGUGAGUUAUCUUGUGAGUGGUAGUGGGAAACCACCAAGUGCUUGUUGUGAUGGUGCAAAAGCACUUUCUUCAGCAGCCACAAGUGGUGCUGACAAGAAGGCUGCAUGUCAAUGCAUUAAGUCAGCUGCUAGUAAUGUGAAUUACAACGCUAAAUUGGCUCAAGAUCUUCCUUCCAAUUGUGGCAUUACUCUGCCUUUUAGCAUCUCUGCUGGCAUUGAUUGUUCAAAGAUUAAUUGAUGAUUAUGAGAGAGGAUUUGAUCAGAAGGGACCAGAAAUGACAGAAUUCUACAUAUAAAGUUUGGAGAAAAGUAUUACAUCCUAAUUAUUAUUAUAUUAUAAUUAUAUAUUACUAUAUAUAUAUAAUGCAAUAAAAUAAAACUAUAGCUGGAAUGGAAUCUAAUCCCAUGGAUGUUUAGAUUCCUUUGUAUUGUUUUUAAUUUAUACCAUGUCUUGCAGUGUGCCUUUUAUUUUUGUUACUUAUAAAAAAAAAUGCAUUAUAUCCUCUUUCCUUAUUAAA